AGAAGUGUGAUCAGGCAGCGACCGCCAAGCGUGUCUCGGCGGCUGCAGUGGCUGCCACAGCGGCCAUGGUCUGCACGUCCCCGAGCACUGCACAGAUUGCUCCUGCUCCGGUUGUUCAGAGUCAGCACCAUGACAGAGGACAUCGUCGUGGCAUAUCAAGACUACUUAAUGGCGAGGCCCGGAGAAUGCGGAGAGAUGAGCUGAACGGAGAGAUUCAAAGACUGUUGGCAGACUCAGCGUUGAAUGUCAGGGAGUGCAUGGUUGCUCUCAAAGUAUUGGGCCAGCGAAAACUUUGGCAAGAAGCAGUGGGUUUGAUGAAGAGCAUGUCCUUCAGACGUCUAGAGCCAGAUCAGUUUGUCUUCAACAAGAUCAUCAGUAUUUGCGCCAGCAGCAAGGAAGGACUGCCUGCAUGGGACCUGCUCAGGACCAUGCGGCAACGGAGGCUGUUUCCAGAUGUGUAUGCUUGCAACAUGGUUAUUGGAGCACUUGCAACUGGAGGUUCGUGGGAGAAGGCUCUUUCAGUGAUUGACUCCAUGAAGAGAUGCCAGACCAUCCCUGACGUGGUCACCAUGAACUCUGCCAUUGCCGCAUGUGCUCAGAGCAGCAGGUGGAUGGAGGCCAUCCAGCUCCUAGAUGAAGGACAGCAGUUGCCUUCAGGUCCUGAUGUCAUGACCUAUGGAGCCACCAUGCAUGCCUGCGAGGCCAAGUGGCGGCUGGUUUUGCAUCUCUUGGACGAGAUGCAAAAUAAGAAGAUACAGCCGAACGAGAUGAUCUCGGCUUCUGUGAUGGGAGCGUGUGCGAAAGGAUCUCCAGAAAAAAGCACAGAUCUCUUCACCAGUUUGAAGGAACAAGGAAUCAGGCAGAAUAAGGUUUCCUACACAGCAGCCUUGAGUGCGUGUCACAAGGACCAGUACCUGUGGGAAUGGUCCCUGUGGUAUUUGCAAGAGAUGAAAACCACUGGAGUCGAGAUUGACAUUGGAAUCAUGAAUGGUAUCAUGGCAGUGUGUGAAAAAGCACAUCAGUGGGGUCAGUUGCAGAAACGGAACACUAAAAUCGUUGAGCAACUACUUGACGAUAUAAAGUACCUAGAGCUAACGCCUGACAUCAUCACCUACAGCCAUACCAUGGCGGCAGCAAAGCAGGUUGGAGCUUGGCAAAGAGUCCUUGGGCUUCUGAACCAAGCGUGUAUCCAAAAACUUCAGCCAGAUGGAGUUCUUUACACUCAUGCAAUCUCGGCUUGCGCAAAUGGCAGCAGAUGGGAACAUGCACUUACAUUGCUGGCUGCUGCAAAUGCUGUCGGCUCUCUUGAGUUUCAUUGGAGCUCGGCCAUGACAGCCUGUGCACAGGCUACUCAGUGGGAGCAUGCCAUAUCCCUUGCCUCGCAAAUGCUGCAAGUGGGCUUGCAACCUGAAAUUGUGACCAAAACGGCCUUGAUGUGUGCAUACGUCCAUGGUGGUCACUGGCCAGUAGCACUUGAGCUGCUCAGUAUGAUGCUCGACAGCGGCGAAGAGCCAAAUCACAUUACACUGACUUCUGUGAUUCGGGCAUGCAUGCAAAGAGGAGAUUUCGCAUUUGCCGUGAAGUGGAAGGUCGAGAUGGAAGCAUUGGGCGUCCAGCCGUACCUCACGACAUAUGUUUUCCUCAUUGCGCUUGCCGCUGAGGCUCAAGAGUGGAAAUGGGUGCAGUACUUGUUGGCAGAGAGUUUUGCAAGGUACCCUCAGGCUGACAACUUCGAUGUCCGCCAGGUCGGCUGGUGCAGACCUAUGGCACAUUGA